AUGAUAUCCGAAAAUGUGUGCCGGUUCGAAGAGGUGCAGCCAUUAUCGUUUUGCAGGAGAUUUGAUUUGGCCGAUUGCAGUUCUCAGGGUAGGAUGGGCUACACGAGAACUGGCAACAGUGCAAUGGACCAAAGAGGUUGGCAGGAGUUGGCUACGUGCAGUCCCAUGCUGGCGUUCCCGGUUGAAGGACAGCAUCACCAUCAGUCCCACUAUGGUCAGCAUCCGCCUAGCGCGCCCAGUUACCCGCCCGGGCCUGGCAUGUAUCACCAUCCACAUCACCAUCAACACAAUCACCACCAUCACCAACACAACAAUCACAACAACACGGGAAACGUGCUGUUGCAGAACGUAAGCCUGUGCGCGCCUCCGCCGCUGCCACCUCCGCCACCAUCGACGUCCAUUGUCAUGGGCGGAGGCCACGCAACCACGUCGUCCUCGUCUUCGUCCCUAUCACACUAUCAUCACCACUCUUCGUCGAUCGGUGUGUCAACCAAUUGCAAUCUCAGCUCGGCCGUCGCUACAUCCCUUCACUUGCCCGGCAGCUCAUCCGAACAGCCUGCUGCGUUCAAGACGGAACCACAUCAACACGAAAUGAUGUUUCCCUAUCAGAAUCACAAUAACGAAAUGGCCCCUUCAUCGGACGGACUUUUGUCGUCAAUAUUGAACGAUGACGACUUGCAGCUCAUGGAUCCGGCGAUGGGUGCAGACGGUGGCAUGUACCCGGUUCGGAUGAUGGAAACCGCCAGCAGCUCAGUGCCGUGCAACAGCAACACGAUGAACACCGCGACCAUGGUACAAAACGGUAACGCAGGUGGCGGAGACUCGGACAGCGCGGUCAGUUCGAUGGGCUCGGAACGCGUGCCUUCACUGUCGUCGGACACGGAAUGGAUGGAAACCAACUCGGAUAGCGGACACAACGACGGAUAUCCGUCGCACUCCCUUCAAGAAUAUGGAAAAAUGAGGUGGCUGGACAAUUACCUGUAUUCCGGAAGCCGAGGUCAUUCGGCUGCCCCGCAAAAGAAGUACCAGUUGUACGGGAGACGCCUAACAGAUCCCGUAUCAGGGACCCCGAACGCCACCGAAGCUGCUAGGUCGAAUCAUGGAGGUCUCGUGCCCGAUUCCUUGAAUCUGCCCUAUGAUAUGUCUGUCAGAGAAGGCAUCCCAGUGCCCGGUUCUUCACAGUUUAACAGACACAAUAUGGCCGGUUGUUCACGUGUGAUGACUCCCGAAAACCAAGUGGCCCUCAACCAUACGUAUGCACUGCCUGUCGAAGGUCCCAGGAUACCGCGUAACAAGCUCAAGAGCAGCAGUAAGAGGAGUGAGGAUGAACAGUUGACAAGAGACGAGAAGAGGGCCAGAAAUCUGAAUAUUCCCAUCACGGUAGAUGACAUAAUCAAUCUGCCCAUGGACGAAUUUAACGAGAGACUGUCCAAAUACGAUCUAUCCGAAAGUCAACUUACAUUAAUUAGAGACAUUAGGCGUCGUGGAAAAAACAAGGUUGCUGCUCAAAAUUGCCGGAAACGCAAGCUGGACCAAAUCCUCAGUUUGGCUGACGAGGUGAAACAAAUGAAAGACCGAAAGUUCAAUCUGUUACAAGAACGGGAAUAUCUAAUGACCGAGCGUAUGAGAGUGAAAACCAAAUAUGAUCUACUUUAUAACCAUAUUUUUGGAAGUUUAAGAGAUCCUGAUGGAAAUCCCUACUCCCCGUACACUCAUACGUUGCGUGAGCAGCCCGACGGCAGUGUCAGUAUUGUACCCAGAAAUAAUGGUACCCAAACCGACCGGAAUCCUCGGUCCAAGCAACACAAGGACAAGUAA